GUCUGUUGGCUUUUCUCAAGUUGCGGCGAGGGGCUCCUCUCGUGGCUGUGCGGGGCUUCUCGCUGCAGAGCGCGGGGCUCUGGGUGCACAGACUCGGUACUUGGGGCGCACGGGCUUUGCUGCCUCACGGCACGUGGGAUCUUCCUGCACCAGAGACCAAACCCGUGUCCCCAGCAUCGGCAGGCGGAUUCUGAUCCACUGAGCCACCAAGACAGUCCCUGGAUGGUAUUUUAGAAACACCACCAGUGACCUUGCUUCAGCCUUGGGCUCUCAGUUCUGAACCUUCUGUGGAAUCCACGCUGGUGCGCUGUGGGCACCUCACAGGGGCUUGUUCAGCCCUUCAGGGCCCUCUCCACUGUUGACCAGCUCAUCCCGUAAACUGCUCUCGAGAUGCUCUUCCCCAUGCUUUUUAUGCAUUCUCUUUUAUUAGAAUUGUUGCCCAUACCGUGGGGCCUUCAUACUCUCCCAAGUUGGGUGUUCAGAGGCAGAUAUGUUUCUUUUUGGUAACAUUUUCAUUUCACAAAAAAUCUUUGAUAGCAUGAUUCUUAGUGUCCAUAAUUCCAUCCGAUGGAUGAGCCUGUUUCUCUGAUCAGUCUCUUUCAGCCAGCUAAAUUGUUGUCAGGCUUUCAGUUUUAAAUGAUGGGACUAACAUCUUGUACUUUUUCUCUAUCUUGGUCUACCUCUGUAAGUUUCUUAGGUUAAAUUCCUAAACGAAAUUACUGGUCAAGGGGUAGAAAUACCUUUUUAAGACUUGAUUCAUUUUACUACGCUGUCCUCCCCGCAAGUGGUCUCCCCUAACACUUCCAUCUUAGAAUGCCUGUUUCCCAGUGUGAUGCUGAAGCCUUUUGUGACUUAGGCAGGAGUACCCAGCUAGUUGGCAGCAUCUAGAGGACUGGAGCUCAAGUCAGCUGACUCUGCCCCGGUUGCCAAGAAAUAAGCCCUUCAUGUGCCAGGAGUUGGCCCUGAGCUCUGCGGGCCGGGCAGGCUGGUCUGUCGUGCCUUCAGCUCACGGCGAGCAUUUUCCCCAGGCAGAGGGCUGGACGAGGGGGCAGUGAGUAAGGCGGGGGUGCAGGAAGCGCUCCCUGGGUCUUGGAGUCGGCAUGGAGACCUGUGAUGGCUCCAUGUCCACAGCUCGCUCCGUAGACAGAAUCUUGGACGGCUUCUGGGACUGGACAAGAUCACCCUGAGCACCACUCAGCAUAGAGCUGGCUAGCAGCUGCCACUACCGGGGAGUCGUUUAGCUCCGCUUCAGUUUCCUGGUCAUGUUUGGGAGCCCACACCGUAAAUAUGAUUGCAGAACCCUGGGGAUAAAGCUUCCAAAGCGAUCAAACAGUCACUGAGCAAAUUUGGGAAUGAAGAUGCAUCGGAUUCUCAACCUCAUGGGGAGGCAGAAGGCAGUGGAGUGGGUUUCCAGUCUGACGUGGUAGAUCAGGCUGAGGAAUCCCCAAGCCAGCACCAGACUGGUGAUACUCCUGGACCUACUUGCAGAAAGGAAAGCAAAAAGUUUGUAGAAUGACCCUUGCACAGCUCAGGCCACCUGGAAUCCUACGAUUUCCACAAAUUAUGAUCUCAUGCCAAUAAAUUAUUAAACAUACAGAAAUCAUAAGCAAGAGUCAGGUGUCACAACAAACAGGAGGAUUUCCAACAUUUUACAACUUCAGAUGAUAGAAGAGAUUGUAAUACAAUGUUUAAGGUGAUCAAAGGGCUUAAAGAAAGAUUAGAAAUCAAGAAAAGAAUAGGAUACAGUACAUUUUAAAGAGGCUGGGGUUUUUUUGUUUUUUUAUUUAAGGAACCACGUAAAAUCUCUAUGAUAAAAACUCUAGCCAUUGCAUAUAAAACCCAACAGAGAUGUUAAACAGCAAAAUAGACGUGCCCCAGGAGAGAAUUAUGUAUGAGCCAGAAAAGAGAUCUGAAGAAGUUAAGUAGAGUUAGCACAGAGAUCCAGGGAGUUGGUGCAGAGGGGAGGACGCGAGGAGGGCCCGGCCGGCUCUGAUGGAGUUCCCAGAAGUCUCGGACACAUCUUAAAAACAGCUUGAGAGGAAAACAGAGAUCGCUCCCGAGGCUCAGCAGUGAAACUCAGCAAGUGUCUACAUAGUAACAGGGAGGUCAGACCACGGUAGAAGAUACUCUUCACGAGGACGCUGAAGCUCGAGGACCGCUCCGUGGUGCCCCGCGAUGUGGUCCGGCACAUGCGCUCCACUGACAGCCAGUGCGGCACCGUGAUCGACGUGAACAUCGACUGCGCUGUCAAGCUCAUCGGCACCAACUGCAUCGUCUACCCUGUCAACAGCAAGGACCUGCAGCACAUCUGGCCCUUCAUGUACGGGGACUACAUCGCCUACGACUGCUGGCUGGGCAAGGUCUACGACCUGAAGAACCAGAUCAUCCUGAAACUGUCCAACGGCGCCAGGUGCUCCAUGAACACAGAGGACGGCGCCAAGCUCUACGACGUCUGCCCGCACGUCAGCGACUCUGGUCUCUUCUUCGAUGAUUCCUAUGGCUUCUACCCGGGCCAGGUGCUCAUUGGCCCUGCCAAGAUCUUCUCCAGUGUCCAGUGGCUGUCAGGCGUCAAGCCGGUGCUCAGCGCCAAGAGCAAGUUCCGUGUGGUGGUCGAAGAGGUGCAGGUUGUAGAGCUGAAGGUCACCUGGAUUACCAAGAGCUUCUGUCCAGGGGGCACGGACAGCGUCAGCCCCCCGCCCUCUGUCAUCACCCAGGAAAACCUAGGCAGGGUGAAGCGUCUCGGAUGCUUUGACCAUGCUCAGCGGCAGCUUGGGGAGCGCUGUCUGUAUGUCUUCCCAGCCAAGGUAGAGCCGGCCAAGAUUGCCUGUGAAUGUCCAGAAAAACACUGCGCCCAGGGGGAGGGCUCUAUGGCCAAGAAGGUGAAGCGCCUCCUGAAGAAGCAGCUUGUGAGGAUCACGUCUUGCUCCCCGGACGUCCAGUGCUCCAGGGACCAUUCCGUGGAGGAUGCAGGCAAGAAGGGGGCGGCCAAAGCCAAGAGCGAAACAGGCUCCGCCAGCCCCGAGGAGACGCCCGAUGGGUCCUCCAGCCCAGUGGAGAUGCAGGACGAGGGCCCAGAGGAGGCCCACGAGGCAGGCGAGCAGCUGCCCCCCUUCCUGCUGAAGGAGGGCGGGGACGACAGGCUGCACUCAGCCGAGCAGGACGCCGACGACGAGGCUGCAGACGACACAGACGACACCAGCUCGGUGACCUCCUCCGCCAGCUCCACCACCUCCUCCCAGAGCGGCAGCGGCACGAGUCGCAAGAAGAGCAUCCCCUUGUCAAUCAAGAACUUAAAGCGGAAACACAAGAGGAAGAAGAAUAAAAUCACACGCGACUUCAAGCCAGGGGACAGGGUGGCCGUGGAGGUGGUGACCACGAUGACCUCGGCGGACGUGAUGUGGCAGGACGGCUCUGUGGAGUGCAACAUCCGCUCCAACGACCUCUUCCCGGUGCACCACCUGGACAACAACGAGUUCUGCCCUGGAGACUUCGUGGUGGACAAGCGAGUCCAGAGCUGUCCGGACCCCGCUGUCUACGGCGUGGUGCAGUCUGGGGACCACGUGGGCCGCACGUGCAUGGUGAAGUGGUUCAAGCUGCGGCCUAGCGGGGAUGAUGUGGAGCUGAUCGGAGAGGAGGAAGACGUGAGCGUUUACGACAUCGCCGAUCACCCUGACUUCCGGUUCCGCACGACCGACAUCGUCAUCCGAAUCGGGAACACUGAGGACGGAGCCCCGCACAAGGAGGACGAGCCAUCGGUGGGCCAGGUAGCCCGCGUGGACGUCAGCAGCAAAGUGGAGGUGGUGUGGGCUGACAACUCAAAGACCAUCAUCCUGCCCCAGCACCUGUAUAACAUCGAGUCUGAGAUCGAGGAGUCUGACUACGACUCGGUGGAAGGCAGCACCAGUGGGGCGUCCUCGGAUGAGUGGGAAGACGACAGUGACAGCUGGGAGACGGACAAUGGGCUGGUGGAGGAUGAGCACCCCAAGAUAGAGGAGCCCCCCAUCCCCACCGCAGAGCAGCCGGCAGCCCCCGAGGAGGACAAGGGCGUGGUGAUCAGCGAGGAGGCUGCCACAGCUGCCAUCCAGGGGGCCGUGGCCAUGGCUGCCCCCGUGGCUGGGCUGAUGGAGAAGGCUGGCAAGGACGGGCCCCCGAAGAGCUUCCGGGAGCUGAAGGAGGCCAUCAAGAUCCUGGAGAGCCUCAAAAACAUGACGGUGGAGCAGUUGCUGACAGGCUCACCCACCUCCCCCACGGCAGAGCCUGAGAAACCCACGCGGGAGAAGAAGUUCCUGGAUGACAUCAAGAAGCUGCAGGAGAACCUCAAGAAGACCCUGGACAAUGUGGCCAUCGCUGAGGAGGAGAAGAUGGAGGCGGUGCCGGAGACGGAGCGCAAGGAGGAGAAGCCCGAGGGGCCGUCGCCGGUGAAGGCCGAGUGGCCCAGCGAGACCCCAGUGCUCUGCCAGCAGUGCGGCGGCAAGCCCGGCGUCACCUUCACCAGUGCCAAGGGCGAGGUCUUCUCGGUGCUGGAGUUCGCGCCCUCAAAUCACUCUUUUAAGAAAAUUGAGUUCCAGCCUCCAGAAGCCAAGAAGUUCUUCAGCACAGUGCGGAAGGAGAUGGCGCUGCUGGCCACCUCGCUGCCCGAUGGCAUCAUGGUCAAGACAUUUGAGGACAGAAUGGACCUCUUCUCGGCCCUGAUCAAGGGCCCCACUCGCACCCCGUACGAGGACGGCCUCUACCUGUUCGACAUCCAGCUGCCCAACAUCUACCCGGCCGUGCCCCCCCACUUCUGCUACCUCUCCCAGUGCAGUGGCCGCCUGAACCCCAACCUGUAUGACAACGGGAAGGUGUGCGUCAGCCUCCUGGGCACCUGGAUUGGAAAGGGGACAGAGAGGUGGACGAGCAAAUCCAGCCUUCUCCAGGUGCUCAUCUCCAUCCAAGGUCUAAUUCUGGUGAACGAACCAUACUACAACGAGGCGGGCUUCGACAGCGACCGAGGCCUGCAGGAGGGCUAUGAGAACAGCCGCUGCUACAACGAGAUGGCCCUCAUCCGCGUGGUGCAGUCCAUGACCCAGCUGGUCCGGCGGCCGCCCGAGGUCUUCGAGCAGGAGAUCCGGCAGCACUUCAGCACCGGCGGCUGGCGGCUGGUGAGCCGCAUCGAGUCCUGGCUGGAAACCCACGCCCUGCUGGAGAGGGCCCAGGCGCUGCCCAACGGGCUCCCCAAGGACAGCAGCUCGCCGGAGCUGCCGGCCGUGGCCGAGCUCUCGGACUUUAGCCGAGAGGAACCUGAGGACGGGGGGCUGGCCCCCGGGGAGGCCUCCCAGGGCUCAGACUCGGAGGGCCCAGCCUCAGCCAGCAGGGACCACGUGGAACAGGCCUCGGAGGCCCCGCCCGACGCCUCGGUGCCACCCAGCGUCAAGCCAAAGAAGAGGAGAAAGAGUUACCGGAGCUUCCUGCCCGAGAAGAGCGGCUACCCUGACCUCGGCUUCCCUCUCUUCCCGCUCUCCAAGGGCUUCGUCAAGAGCAUCCGGGGAGUCCUGACGCAGUUCCGGGCCGCGCUGACGGAGGCAGGCAUGCCCGAGAGCGCGGGGGACAAGUAGCCAGCAGCCCCGGAGGAAGGCACGUUGCCACGGGGAGAGGCCGCCCCCCUUCCCUCUCCUCCUCUGUCCCCAGUGCAGGACCCCCCGCCCCCCGCCCUUUGCCCCCUCCUUCCCAAGGUGGGUUUGCUGCUGACACGCAGAAAGUUUCUUGAGAUGCUGCCAUUUGUAUUCCGAAGCAAUCUUCCAACAGGCAGGUGCCCUGUGGCAAAGGAAAUCGGAUCCGCGUGGCUGAUUUUCCCCUCGUCCCAGGCAGCGUGCCCCCGCGCUUCCUCCCUUGCCGUCUUGCCCUCAGGGCAGGGGUGGGCUCUCUCUGGGGGCUGACACAGGAGAAUGCGGGCCACGUGGACGUGCCUUGCAUGAAGUGUGGGUUGCUGCGGCGGUCGCCCCGGUCCCCCCUGCCCUCUUGAGUCCCGCUGACGCUUCCUGGUGUCCCAGGCCCUCCCGUCGCCACCGCCCACCUGGUCUUCCCUCGCCCCCCAGCUCUGCCACCCUCCCCAGAUCGGUGCCACCGCCGCUGACUCCCAGCUGGGCCCCGGCCUGUUGAACUUGCUGUCUGCGAGAGGUGGGCACCAGGCCGGGUGCAGAACGAUGCCCGGGAGGUGGUGGCCCUCGCACACUGCCGCGGGGUGAGGACAGGGAGCUGCUGCUGGGAAGACAGCUGUAGGUGCCUUGCCCUUCCUGCCCCUCGGGGCGGGGGGACUGCAGCUCUGGCGUUAAGGCCCCCCUCCCGGUCCCCCAGAGGUGGGAGCCGCAGCACAGACGAGGGCCUCUCCCUCCGGUGUCCAGUGCUCAUGCCGGAGGGGGCAGCAUGCAGCUCACGGAACUCGGAGCAGGCCAGCCCUCUCCCCGCCCCGGCCGAGGACAGCCCGUAGGCUGGACGCAGGAGAGCGGUGGCGGGCAGGGUUCUCCCUGCAGAGCCGGGCCCAGAGGUUUACAGGUUUUCUAAGCGUUUGAUAAUGUGAAGCUCCAGGUGAACAGGAUGCCGUUGAGCACAUUGCAGCUAUGUAAUUUUUGGUGUAUGUAAUGUAAUAUUUAAGGUUGAAAGAAAAUAAAUCAAAAAAUAUUAACUCUUACUAGGAAAAAAAAAAAGAGACAAAAUAAGAAGCCAAAGCAUGACGUGUCUUGUCCGCCUUACGCUGGCUCCACACCUGGGCCGCCGCGAGCACGCGGCUGGCAGCAGCGCGGGGAAGGACGGGGCCCGGACCGGGGCUGCGGCGACCGGAGCCCGGAGUCGGGGUCUUAUUUGAGGAUCACCCGGAGUGACUGGCGGGGCUGUGCUUCCCAGUGCAUUGUUCACGUGGAGAUGUGAAUGCCUACUGCUUAAGAUAUCUGUAUAAAGUGCUGUGUGAUUAAACUCUUUUUUUUUUUU